AUGGUUGGGCCAAAAUUAUCCUCCGAAUCCUUCCUUCGCGACUUAAUCGGCGGACGCUACCGCAGAGUGCGGCUAAUCGGGCGCGGAUCGCACGGCACGGUGUGGGAGUGUGAAGACAUCCACACGUCCCUCCGCGUCGCCUGCAAAUCCAUCCCGCACUUGCCGCGCGAUUCGACUCACGCGCAAGCUCCGGUGCGCGUUGACGACAUCUGCACGGAGGUCUGCGCGUUGAAGAAGGUCGGGGGGCAUAUUAAUAUCGUCGGUUUAAUCGAGAGCACGGGCGCGCUCCCGUCGCGCGGAAAGGAUGCUUCCGCCGCGCCUGCUUCCGGGCCUGCCAAGACCGGUUCAACGUCGCUCCCUUCUUCCCCCACUAAAUCCAACCUACGUUCCGCUGCCUCCCCCGCUGCCUCCCCCGCUGCCUCCCCUGCUCUCUCGACCUCGAACGCCGCGAGUGCCCCACCUUCCCCACCCGCCUCCCCUUGCACUCCCCCCUCCCCCUUGCGCAACAAGAGCCCGCGACCCUGCAUGUCCGCAGGCCCCUCUUGCGGUUCCGCCGUUCCAUGCGCUUUUUCCGCGCUCGGCGCGACUUCCGCGCGCGGGGCAAGCGGUGGCGCACGCCUUGGCGGAAGCUUUGGCGCGAGCCGUAGCGCAAGCCUUGGCGGAAGCUCGCCGUUGGGGGAAGAUUACGUGGGCGCGGAGCGGCAGAUUGUGGGGGUGAAACUCGCGGAUUUUGGGGUUUCCGCGAUUCUGAAAGGGGGGAUGCGCGAGCUCCGCCGCAGCAGGGGCGCAGGGACGCCCGCGUAUAUGGCGCCGGAAAUGGGCUGGCGGAAGCGGGGGGGCGGGCGCGGGGAAGCAGAGGGGGAGAUGGGGAACCAGGAGAAUGGGGGUGGAAAGGGUCUGAACGCAGGGGUAAAUAACCCAAGUUCUUCAGAUCUGCCCGAGUACGGCGUGAAGGCGGACGUGUGGAGCCUCGGGGUAACACUGUGCACAAUUUUGACUGCCCGGAUUCCUUCCCAUCCUGUAGACUUUUCAAAACCUGAAUGGGAGGGGGUUUCGGCAGACGCAAAGGAUCUGGUCCGUCGGAUGCUGGUGGUGGACCCGGAUCAACGGCUGAGCUCGUUCGAGGUGCUGGAGCAUCCGUGGCUGAACCAGACGGCCGUUCGAUCGUUGGACCCAGCUGUGCGCUGCCCCCACCUUCUCUCGCCCUCCCUGCCUGGCGAAACCAGUGGUAACCAGGUUACACGGAUCGUCUGCGUGUAG